AUGAGAGUGUCUAGUGUGCUCGGGAGACGGCGGCAUCAGAUGCUGCUGGCGCUCUGGUGGCUGCUGUUGGUUCGCGCGAGGAGCGGAGCAGCGCCACCUCUCCAUCCCCCUCAUGUGUCAGUCUCCAGAUGUGUGGACCACGCCUGCAGCCCCCCAAUCGGGAACUUGGCGAGCGGCCGGACCCUCCUCACCCACUCGAGCUGCUGUGGGAACGGCUCCCUCCACCGCAGGCCUUGCCCCCCACAUGUGGCCCCCCACCUCCUCUGCCCAGAGGACGCCCACCCGUCCGCUCACAUGACCGACGACCCUUUCUCGCAUCCGAAUACGUGGUGGGCGUCGGGUGCGGGCACCGCCGUGCCGGGGCGGCGGGACGAGAUCCGGUUGGACCUGGAGACGCGGUUCUGCCUGUCCCACGUGGUUUUGGUGUUCAGGUCCCCGCGGCCCGCCGCCAUGGCCGUCGAGCGUUCGGCUGACUUCGGAGCCACCUGGGACGCUCUCAAGCUGUUUGCGCGGAACUGCAGCGCGGCGUUCGGUUUGCCCGACGAUUCCGCUCGGCCGGGCUCGUCGUGCACAUCCCGCUACACCGGCGCCACGCCCUGCAGCGGGGGGGAGGUGAUAUUACGGACACUCGACCCCGGCGGCGUCGACAGACCGGACCCGUACGGCCCAGAGGCCCUCGCCCGCCUCACCGUCACCAACCUCCGCGUCAGACUGCUGGAGGCUCAGAGCUGUCCUCCCGCAUCCACCGGAGGAAGCCCUGCAGCUUCAGCACCGUACGCCAUUUACACUCUCCAGGCCAGAGGGACCUGCCUGUGCCACGGACACGCCGAGUCCUGCGUGCCACACGACGGCGGCCGAGACCCAAAGCCGGACACUAGCACGGUGCCCGGGAGGUGCCGGUGUGCUCAUCACACGGCGGGCGACCACUGUGAGAAGUGCGCCCCGCUCUACAACGACCGUCCCUGGAGGCCGGCCAACGGCAGCAGCGGGGAGGCCGCGCCGUGCCAGAAGUGCCAGUGUCACGGCCACGCCGACACCUGUCACUUCUCUCCGCGGGCGUGGCUUUCCUCCGGCGGCACCAGCGGCGGCGUUUGCGACGCCUGCAGACACAACACCGUGGGGCGCAGGUGCAGGCGCUGUCGCCACGGCUACCACCGCCAUCCAUCGCUGCCCCUCAACUCCCCUCACGCCUGCACACGCUGCCGGUGCGACCCACAGGGCUCUGUGCCGCCCCGUCCGGGGGAGGCGGGCCCGUGGUGCCACCCGAGGAGCGGGCGGUGCCGGUGCAGAUCGGGUGCAGGCGGCCCGAGCUGCGGCCGCUGCCGGCCCGGCCACUGGGGGCUCGGAGCGCACGGCUGCAGACCCUGCGCGUGCCCUCACAGCUGUGAUCCCACCACUGGACGGUGUCUGGACAGCUUCUCACACAACCAGGUGUUCCACGUGGCCGUCGGCGGGAGAAUCCCCGAUCUGGACCACGCGCUCACGGCAGAAGAGGAGGUGCCGUGGUCCAAGGAGCUCUCGGUCUCUGCUCUGCAUUACACAGGAAAGUGCAGCUGUAAAGAGAAAAGGCUGAAGAGUGCGUCCGACCUCUGUCGGGUCAAGCACGAUUACGUGAUCAAGGCCAGCGUGCUGUCGGCUCACGACAAAGGCAGCCACGCGGAGGUAAGGGUCAAAGUUCGCAAGGUCCUGCGAUCGGGCCGAGCGGCGCUCCACCCGGGCACCAUCAGCAUCUACCCGCUGUCCUGGACCAGCCGCGGCUGCACCUGUCCGAUUCUAAACCCAGGUACGGAGUACCUGCUUGCAGGCCCAGAGGAGGCCGGGACAGGCCGCCUGCUGGUCACCAUGCAGAGCGUGGUGGUCCCGUGGACCCCCCGACUCGGUCUACUUGUGUCAGAGGCUCUGAGGAACGGAUGUACGUGAAUAUAGAUCGGAGAGAAAAGAAAAAGAUGGACACGCUUCAGAAGAUUUCACGAGAAAUGUGGAGUCCGUGGACAAUUCAGAAAAAGGGACUAUGCGGUGUCGUGAGAAGGAAGUCACAACAUUGAAGAAAGCUAAAUCGAGAUGUGCGACAGAAAAUAAAGACGAAUGAAUUCCUGGAUUUGUUAAGAUCCGAGUCCAACAGACAGUUUUCAAUGUUUGAGUCGUACAGAAAAUAUGGGAUGAGCACAACCUUGAGUUAACUCUUUGAAUGUCUAGAUGGGUUGUAUUUAUAGAUCACAGAUGGUAAUUGUACAUGUUCAAACCCAAUUCAUCUUAAAUGAAACUAAACUAUAAAAUGACUAAUAUACAGGCAAUGUAACAAGAUCAGUUAAAG